AUGCCCUCCCUAACUCUGACAGACCCGGAUAUGAUCCUGCCGUAUGACGGCAAUGAACGCGAAUCCUCGACUCCCUCCCCACCCUCUCAGCUCGUGUAUCUCUCCAACCUGAACGCUCGGUAUAGCGCAGACCAUGCCAGCUCCAGUCUAGGCGCUUCGGGCAAUCGGACCAAGAAAAAAUUUUCGCGACAAGCAUGGACCCACGAGGACCUCAACGUGACCAAUCCGCGUCGCUUGUCGGAUAUUGGAGAGGAAUUGUCGCCAGCGCGUUCAGGAGGAUUUGAAGAGGAGGAAGAAUUCGAGCAGGGGAUGACACCAGAUGCCAAGGAUAAUGCGGCGUGGAGUAGCUCCAGCUCAACCGUUAGUGCGGGGAGUGCACGUGUCUCGGGGGAUAUUGCAUCUCCCCAAACUGUGCGCGAAGUGUCACCGCCAAUUCAGGAGGAGAAGCAAAAGGAGGCAACAAAUGCAGGUCUGAAUAAGGAGAACGAGAAACCUCAGGAUAUAAUGUCGCCCGAGACCAAAGCUAUUGUAACGAGUAGCCCCAUUGCCUCGGCCGCGGCGACGGGUAAAGGCCCCGGAGAAGAUUUCGCAUCUGCGAUAUUGAGCAGCGAGGCGGAGAGGAUUCUGGAAAAUGCAAAGAAACGAUUGACGCUUAUGGAAGGUAAUCUAAAUCGCGCGCGAUCGUCUGUACGCCUGACUCCUUCGCCCUCGCCAUCAGCACCAGGAAAUAUCCAGCCACUCGGCGCCCAUCAACCAGCUGGAGGACUGUAUCGAUCUAUUUCUCGAACGGACCGACGAGGGUCCUUACUGCGGCGGCAAUCCUACGUGGCAUCGCAAGAUGCCUCGACCAACCGACACUCGCGCGUGCAUAGUGAUACCAAUUUCCCUCCCGAGUCAAGUCUGACAGGUGACACGAAGAAACCAUCGCGCUCUGUCAGUGCCAUGGGUGCCAGCAGCUCCUCGUUUCACAAUGACGAGCGGUCAUUUCGAUAUGAACCGACCCGCGCAUACUUGACGCACCGCUCCUCUGUCUCAUCGAUCAAGGGACCACGUGUAGUGGAAUCUCCGCAACCAGUGCGAUCGCCCCCGCCCAUGGAUUCUCCUGUGCCCGAAGAGGAUAACAGUCCCUCUCACUCACCAAUGGGCCUUGGCAUUUCGGCGGACGAUGAAUCAAAGUCUACACCGGGUGAUUUUAGCCCGGUGUAUAGUUCAUACGGCCCGCCCAGUCGCGCGCAGUCUCAGCUGCAGGUACGUGAUCUACAGUAUCAAAUGAAGGGUCUGCACAUCAAGAUCUCUUCCCUCAAGGUUCGAACCCAAGAAGAUAAUCUGCGCCGUCGUAGUCUACAAAGCUUGCGUACGCCUAGUCCUUUGACAGCUGCAGACCCUUGGUAUUCCAAUGGAUUGGAGAUGAGGGAUGGGCGGAGUAGCCGUGGAUCGACAGCUAUACGAGAUGGCAGCUCAGAGUAUGCUCGAGACGCCCGGGGCUUAAAUGAGCAUCUUGCUCCUGUGCAUCACACGUAUGAGCGGCGUAAUUCAGGCCGUGCAGAGGAGAGCCCUGUAGAUCAUAACCGGAGAAGCCUCGGAAAGGCUCCGGAAUCCUGGCAUGAUGCCCAAUCCCAAUCCAAUAACUAUCACGAUGGACGGGAAUCAGUCGCUGAGACGAUGUAUGAGGAUGCCGAGGAAGGUGACUUUGACGAUGGGGAUAUCGAUCGCGCGGCCUUGGAUGAAAUUCUGCGCGAACCGUUGGAUGAGGAUCUUGAAAGUCUAGAUCAGUUCCCGACCGGGAAUGUUGAUACUAGACCACAUGAAGAACGUGAAGAUGCGUUCGAUUAUGAGCAUUUUAUUCUUCACAGUGCACUUGGCAACUAUUCUCGUCAUGUUCGCCAUGCAAGCCAGAGUUCCAAGGGCUCGGUCGAGACGACACGUCCUACUCGAUCAGUCCGACACUCGCGCACUAACAGCGCUAUGUCUGUCUCGACAGUGGCUACAUUCGCCACUGCAAUUGAGGGAGAGCCGAUAACCGAGGAAGAGGAGGACUUAUUGUACUGGGACCGCCGUUUCAACCAUGGUAUGUUAUAUCCAUCUUUUGUUUGGACUCGGAACUCAAGCUUACAUUUACUAGAACUCCGCCAUCAACAAUCACAUAGCCGCCAGACUAACCCCAUCAUCGAGACUGACCGAAGUCAGACACCUCGUGGAGUCCGGGAGGAGAGUGCCACUCCUGUUCAGGGCCAGUAUUUUAUGAAUGGCCGCUCAUCGUCUGCCACUGCCGGCUCUGCAACACCAACAUCCCUCGUUUCAUCACUUGUUUCAACUGUUCGCGCAGCUUCUAGUCCAUACCCAGGCUCUGUAACUCCAACAUCAGCUGGUGGUAUCAAUGAUGAUGAUACGCAGAUGCUCGAGCAGCUAUUUGCUAGUCUAGGGCAACGUCUGCAUGGAUCUUCAGGCCAUUACAACAUCUCCUGA